UUUUCCCCCUUGUGUUUUCUUGACCCGGAGGAGACGCAAUCAAGGAUCCGAGGAAAAUUCGUACAACUGGAGUCCUCAAAUGGCUAACCAGACAGUGAAGGAUGCGCACAACAUCCAGGGCACCAACCCCCAAUAUCUGGUAGAGAAGCUCAUUUGGGGGUGAAUCUAGGAAUCCGAGUACUGGAAAGAAGAGUGCUUUGGACUUACGGCCUAACUUGUAGUUGAUAAAGCUGUGGGGUUAAGGUCUGUGGGCGGUGUCUAUGGUGGAAACAUAAAACCAACUUCCUUUCUCUGUUUGACCUUGAAAAUGCUUCACAUUCAACCUGAGGAGGAUGUGAUCGUAGAGUUUAUAGAAAAUGAAGAUUGCAAGUAUGUCCGCGUGUUGGGCGCACUUUACACGAGGCUGACCGGCACUGCAAUCGAUUGCUACAAGUACUUGGAACCUUUGUAACAAGGACUAUCGAGAAAUCGAGAGCCAGAACCGAAAUGGAGAGUUGGAACUGAUGCGUGUCGAUGAAUUCAUUGAUGAACGGCUGCACAGUGAGAGUCUGUGAUAUCGUUCUGCUCCGGCUACAGAAACGCUAUGUCCUAGAAGAAGCUGAGCGACUGGAGCCUCGAGUUAGUGCUCUGGAAGAAGAUGCGGGCGAUGUGGAGUCUGGUGAAGAGGAAGAGGAAGAAGAGGAGAAGCUGGAAAGAGUCCCGUCACCCUGUCAUUGCAGGAGAAGCUCCCGGGACUUGGAAGGUCGCAUCGCUCUCCCACACCGCCCUACAGGAGGAGUAGGAUCCGGCCUCCCAGAAGGCGGAGUGGGUCUCCCCAAAGAAGUAGUCCUUCACCCCGCAGAGAAAGUCAUCGGAAUAAGAGCCCAAGACGCCGCAGAAGCAGGACCCCGGAUCCACCGUAAUCACAGACACAGGAGCCACUCAGUCUCCUGAAAGGUCAAAGAA